GGGCAGGGCCUGCACACCAAGUCACAGGAAGCAACGCCUUAGCAAAAAGUCCUCCGUCCUGGACUCCUCGCUUGCCAGUCGCAGGGAGCCCUCGGAGCCGCCACCAUGGGAACGUUCUCACGGCCGAGCUGCUUUGGUUAUCCCGUGAGCAUCUUCUUCAUCGUGAUCAAUGAGUUCUGUGAAAGAUUUUCCUACUAUGGAAUGAGAGCGAUCCUGAUUCUGUACUUUCAAAGUUUCCUCCACUGGAACGACAAUCUGAGCACCGCCAUCUAUCACACGUUUGUGGCUCUGUGCUACCUGACGCCCAUUCUCGGAGCUCUCAUUGCCGACUCCUGGCUGGGGAAGUUCAAGACAAUUGUGUCGCUGUCCAUUGUCUACACCAUUGGACAAGUAGUCGUUGCAGUGAGCUCAAUUAAUGACCUCGUGGACUUCAACCACGAUGGAAACCCUGACAAUAUUUCUGUGCACGUGGCACUGUCCAUGGUUGGCCUGGCCCUGAUAGCUCUGGGUACCGGAGGGAUAAAGCCUUGUGUGUCUGCAUUUGGUGGAGAUCAGUUUGAAAAGGGCCAGGAAAAACAAAGAAACAGAUUUUUUUCCAUCUUUUAUUUGGCCAUUAAUGCUGGAAGUUUGCUGUCUACUAUCAUCACUCCCAUGCUCAGAGUUCAAGAAUGCGGAAUUCACAGUAAAAAAGCUUGUUACCCAUUGGCGUUUGGGGUUCCUGCUGCCCUUAUGGCUGUAUCUCUGAUUGUAUUUGUCAUUGGCAGUGGAAUGUACAAGAAGGUCCAGCCCCAGGGUAAUGUCAUGGCUAAAGUCGCCAGGUGUAUUGGGUUUGCCAUCAAAAAUAGGGUUAGGCAUCGGAGUAAGAAAUUUCCCAAGAGGGAGCAUUGGCUGGACUGGGCUAACGAGAAAUACGACGAGCAGCUCAUCUCUCAAAUUAAGAUGGUUACAAGAGUGAUGUUCCUGUAUAUUCCUCUCCCCAUGUUCUGGGCCUUGUUUGAUCAGCAGGGCUCCAGGUGGACGCUGCAGGCAACAACUAUGAAUGGGAAAAUUGGAAUUAUUGAAAUUCAGCCAGAUCAGAUGCAGACCGUGAACGCCAUCCUGAUCGUUAUCCUGGUUCCCAUCAUGGAUGCUGUGGUGUAUCCUCUGAUCGCAAAAUGUGGCUUCAAUUUUACCUCCUUGAAGAAGAUGACGGUUGGGAUGUUCCUGGCUUCCAUGGCUUUUGUGGCAGCUGCAAUUGUGCAGGUGGAAAUCGAGAAAACUCUCCCCGUCUUCCCCAAAGGAAAUGAAGUCCAAAUUAAAGUAUUGAAUAUAGGAAAUGAUAGCAUGAAUAUAUCCUUUCCUGGAAAGACAGAGACACUUAACCCGAUGCAUCAAACAAGUGAUUUUACGACUUUCAGUGCAGACAAACUGACAAGUAUAAACAUUUCUUCUACUGGAUCACCACCCACUCCAGUAAAAGACUUUGAGCAGGGCCAUCGCCAUAUCCUUCUAGUCUGGGCCCCAAACAAAUACCAAGUGGUAAAGGAUGGCCUUAACCAGAAGCCAGAAAAUGGAAAAAAUGGAAUCAGAUUUGUAAAUACUCUUGCUGAGAGCUUCAGUGUCACAAUGGGUGAGGAAAUUUAUGAAAACGUCCCCAUUCACAAUGCCAGCGAAUAUCAUUUUUUCUCUUCUGGCAGAAAGAGCUUCACAAUAAACUCAUCAGAGAUUGCACAACACUGUGGAAAUGAGUUCGAAACAUCCUACCUUGGAUUUGGUAGUGCGUAUACCUAUGUAAUCACAAGGAAGGAUAACGGCUGCCUCGAACCGAUAGUAGUUGAAGAUAUUUCCCCGAACACAGUCAGCAUGGCCCUGCAAAUCCCCCAGUACUUCCUCCUCACCUGCGGCGAGGUGGUUUUCUCCGUCACGGGAUUGGAGUUCUCAUAUUCUCAGGCUCCUUCCAACAUGAAGUCAGUGCUUCAAGCAGGGUGGCUGUUGACAGUGGCAGCUGGCAACUUCAUUGUCCUUAUCGUAGCAGGAGCGGGCUCGUUCAGCGAACAGUGGGCCGAGUAUGUUCUGUUUGCGGGGUUGCUUCUGGUCGUCAGCGUAAUAUUUGCCAUCAUGGCCCGAUUCUAUACGUACGUCAGUCCAGCAGAGAUUGAAGCUCAGUUUGAUACGGAUGAAAAGAAAAAGUACCCGGAAGAGAGUAACCCAUAUCCCAAGUUGGACUCCGACUUACAGACACAGCUGUGAAUAUCAAGAAGCAAGUGGAGGACGGAUUGGGCCCAGGAUGUGCCCAGGUGUCUUUCCCCUGGGGGCAGGACACUCUGUUGUAUGGCCGCUGAUGGGGAAGACUUCAGAACUGUGAAACAAACCAAGAAAGCUGUUCUCUAAGCAGCCAGCAAUGAACCUAACACUCUAAAAGAAGUCCUUUUGUUUGUUUGUUUUUCAGAGAAGUCUUAUUUAAAGCAUACACACACACAUACACAUACUUUUACAACACUGAGUCCAUACCCUGCCUUUAACUCCUUGCCUAACACACAAAGUUAUUUUGGCCUAACUUGAAUUUUUGAAAUGGUGGCAAAGUUCCAUAUUGUUUGCAUUCAAACACUCUAUGGAAACAAUGUUAAAUGAGGCAAAAAGUGACUGUUUAGGCUUUAGAAUGGUACACCAUAAGGACCGGCUAGUAGGAACUGGUAACUUUACCUUCUGUUUUUAGUUUUGUCUUUCCAGUCCCUACCUCUUUUUAAAUUAUGUAUAACUCAAAAAACUACUCAGAUAAAGGCAAGUCAUGAUUUUUAGAGUUUCAAUGGUAUGAAAUAAAUUCUCAUUCUUAAGA